CUUACUGCUUGUAUUCGUUGGUGCCGUAGAGUGUACAGAGUAGAGCUAGAGGUUCACUUCUCGAGGGAACAAAGGGGAAUGAGCCCCUGCAGAUACGUGGAGGGAGAAAUCAGAGCCAUAGGCUCGUAAUCCAUCCAAGACACUAACUCAUCUUUUCCUUCGCUGCAUCAUUUCGUCAAACAUAAAGCUUUGUUCGCUAAUCUCUCUGCUCCUCUUUCUGGGGCCUCAGGAGAGAAGAAAGAGGGAGGGAAAGCUAAGAGGAAGAGCGGUGGAGAGGGAGAGGAUUGUGGAUAUAUGUCGGCUACUCGUGCCUCGUAUCUGCUGUUCCUGUUCGCUGGCGAAGACGAAGGCCGAGUUCUGAGGACGCUCCCUCCCUCCUGUAUUUCUCCUUGCAAAUCCGUUGGCUUCGUCUCCCUCCUCUCGUCGUAUGCAACGGAGGCUGCUGGAGGGCUCACAGGCGGUUUCGAUGCGCUUGAAAUAUUGUCGCGUCGAAUUCGGAGUUCUGCGCAUAAAUCGGUGUUUCUUCUUCUUUCUGUUGUAGAGAGGAGAUCUCACUUGAUAGAGAGUCCUGUUUUGACAGGAAGCCUCCUCUUCUCAUCUUUUUUUUUUUAUAUAUAUAUCUCCUCCCGAGCGAGCGAGAUGCCGGCUCCGGCUCCUCAGAGCCCAGAUAACAUGAACAUGGCGAAAGGGCAACCGGAAUCGUUCAGAAGAAAAAUCCGAGUCCUCUUCAACGAUCCCGACGCCACGGACUCGUCCUCCUGCGAAGAAGAAGACGGAGGAGGGGUGUUGAGAAAGAGAAACAAACGAGUAAUACGUGAAAUCCUCAUCACCCCCUCCCCCUCCUUUUCUGCUUACUUUACUCCCGUUUCUAAAAGCCUCAAAACCCGGAAGGUUAAAACCGUGAAGCCGAUCAAUUCUUGUUCUCCCGGCAGGUAUAAGGGUGUCAGGCAGCGGCGGUGGGGGAAGUGGGCAGCAGAAAUUAGAGAUCCUAUCAGACGUGUUAGGCGCUGGCUCGGAACCUACGACACCGCCGAGGCAGCGGCCGACGCCUAUCAGGCCGCGUUGAGUCGUCUCCAGGAGGAGAAGCGGCGACUCCUCGGCUCUUCAGGUCCUUCCACCUCCUCCGCCUCCGAGACUUCGGUGGUCCCUUUUUCCGCUCCCUCCCCCUCCUCCGUUCUGGAUGUUUCUAUCGCCGGGAAUAACUUGGUGAUUGGCAAGAAUUCUCCGGUCGUCGAAGAGGCAGUGGUGGGUACCAAUCCUUCUAGUUAUCCGCCGGCGAAAGAGUAUUCGGCGGAGGAGAAGCCAAUUUGCGAGCUUUUCGGAGACCAGGAUCUUGGGAUAACGGAGUUUGAUUUUAGGCUGGAUUCUGAUGUUUUUCUUCUUGGAGACCUCGGCGUGGACGACAUGCUGGGGCUUGAUGACCUUCCAUUGUGGGAGCCGCCGUUGGAUGAUCUCGAUUUCUCCUUCGUAGAGGAGAGUCCAGCAUGAAAUUUUGUCCUUGGACGUGCAGCCGAUUUUCGGAUCCGUAGUAUUCCAGUACCAUGAGGUUGUAAGUAAAAAAAGAGCUUUGAUGUCUUGCGUUAUGGGUGGGGAGGGACCGAAGACUGUAUAACAACUGGCUAGGGAGAGAUUUUCUCUGGGUUUUUCCUGAGCUUUGAGAGCCGUCCCCAGGGAGUUUUGUGUGCCCUCUCAGCUAAUCAUAUUGUCCUCAGCUUUCGAUUCUAAAUUUAUUUGUGGAAUUUAUUAUUUUUUGUAAUUUGUUGGUUUCCUAUGUUGAUUUGCGAAUGUAUUAUGAUAUAUUUAGAUUUUUAUGUUGGAUGUGUUUGGUCCAUGUUCUUUUCA